CAGCACCCUACCGAGGGUGGGGACCCGGGGCCACCCACGUCCCCGUGGGGUGCUGAGUGGGUGGGUGGGGGGGACACAAGCCACCGUGACCCCCACACACACGCUGUCCUGGGCAGGGAUCAGGGAACCGCGGCAGCGCCUGGGCAAGAUCUGGGUGACUUUUUUUUGGGUGCCGGCUCUGUUCCGGGGUGGGGGGACACCCCCGUAUGCCGCCAGUAAACAGGAUACGAGCGAGCUGCGGUGGGGAGACAGCGGCAGCAUCAUCCCAGCCCUGGUGACAGCCGCAUCCCGCGCCAGGCAGCGAGCGCUUUCGCAACACCAGAGUGAGGAAGGGCAACAGUGAGGCAACGCCGGGGAAGUGGGGCAAGAGCCCCUGCUGCGUCCUCUGCCCUGGGAGCUGUGAUGAGCUGAAGGGUCAGGAUGAUUCCCACCCCAAAGCGGCCCCAAAGUCCCUUUCCAGAUGCUGGCAUCGCUGGUGCAUGCCCGACACGCUGAGCCCACCCGGCCACAGCCCUCUGCUUCUCAGCACCCGCCUAGGCCAGCACCCCGGGGUGCCCCCACCGGCCCCCCCAGCCCCACCAUGGCGCUGGAGCUGGGGGCCGAAGCGCUGCUGGACCUGAGCUUCCUGACAGAGGAGGAGAGGCGCGCCAUCGCCGAGGUGCUGCGCCGCGACUGGCAGCUCCGCCGGCGCGAGGAGGGGCGCAUCAGCAAGCUCCGCAAGUCGGUGUCGGACCCGGCGCGGCUGAGGACCCUCACCGGGGACUGGUUCUGCGAUGCCCGUGCCCAGCGCCACCGGCACCACCUGGGCUCCGACCUCGUCCGUGCCUCCAUCCGCCGCAGGAGGCGGCCCCGGGGAGCGGGGGACCUGGAGUGUGGCCCCAGCCUUGGCGAGCUGGAGGCCAUCGGCGAGCCACUGGUGGAGGAGAAGGAGGAUGAGGAAGGAGUGGAGGAGAAGGAGGAUGAGGAAGGUGUGGAGGAGCUGGAGGAAAGCCCCCCUACAGAGGAGGCGCAGGCAACCGCAGAGCCCCAGCCCAGCCCCACAGCCCCAGCUCUGGAGGAGACCCCAGUGUCACAGCCCCUGUGGCAGGGUGACAUCCCGGCCAGGGAGCAGGAUGUCCCAGCCCAGCCAGGUGACACAGUAGGUGGGAACCCCUUCGGCACGUCCAGCGCGGAGGAAGACGAGGAGGAGCCCGACUCCGCAUGCAGUGGCCCUGAUGCUGGGCAGGGCUUGGGGACCCCCCAGACGGAUCAGACAUGCCCGGGCCGGGUGUCCCCGCAGAAUGGCCACGCGCCCCGAAGCAGCUUGCUGACCACCAGCUCCUCCGUGUCCAGCCUCAGCUCCUCCACGCUGAGCGGCAGCCUGAUGAGCCUGUACAGCGAGGGCGAGCUGGGCAGCGUGGCUGUACGGGGCUGCGUCCAGUUCUCCCUCUGCUACGACCCAGCCAAGAAGGAGCUGCGGGUCCACGUGCUGCGGUGCCGCGAGCUGGCCGAGGCCAAGAAGCAGCGGUCGGACCCGUACAUCAAGACGUACCUGCUGCCGGAUAAGUCCAACCACAGCAAGCGCAAGACCACAGUGAGGAAGAGGAGCUUGGAUCCUAUUUUCAAUGAGACCCUCAAGUACAAGCUGGAGAAGAGGGACCUGCAGGGCCGGACCCUGAACCUCUCGGUGUGGCACCACGACAGCCUGGGCAGGAACGUCUUCCUGGGGGAGGUGGAGAUCGCGCUGGGCGCCUGGGACUGGGCCAACACGCGCCCCGAGUGGUUCAGCCUCCAGCCCCGUAUGCCCAUCUCCUCGGAUGGCCUCACCAGCCGGGGCAACCUCAACUUGGCAUUGAAAUUCAUUCCUGCUGGCUCAGAAGGUGGGGGGCUGCCACCCACAGGUGAGCUGCACAUCUGGGUGAAGGAUGCUCAGAGCCUCAUCCCCCUGCAAAGUGGCACCGUGGAUGCCUUUGUGCAGUGCUACGUGCUGCCGGACGACAGCAAGGCGAGCCGGCAGAAGACGCGGGUGGUGAAGCGGAGCCUCAAUCCUCUUUUUAACCACACCAUGGUGUACGACGGCUUCCAGGCCAAGGACCUGGCCGAGGCGUGUGCCGAGUUCACCCUCUGGCACCGCGAAGCCUUUUCCAAACGCCAGCUGGGUGGCAUCCGGCUCAGCCUGGGCACAGGGAGCAGCUACGGGUUGCCGGUGGGCUGGAUGGACUCGACGGAGGAGGAGCGGGGAGUGUGGGGACGCCUGCUCCGGCAGCCGGGGCAGUGGGUGGAAGCGCUGCUGCCUCUGCGGACCAACCUUGUCCCCCGGGCAUAGCCCCCACGGCCCCCCCAUGGAGCACCCCGUGCCAGCAGGACUGUGGGACCCGGGGCGGGGGACAGAGCUACACCCUGAGCAUCACUGGGUGGGGCUGGGGUCUGUGCCCCCCCCAACCUUUUAGCAGCAAUGAAGUGGCACCGGAGGGCACA